UACAAGAAGGCUGUUGCGUCUCUGACCAACCCCAGGGUGGUGGACAACAACGAUGAGGAAAUUCAAAGCGGCACCGAUGGUGCGUCAAAUGAUGCAUACGACGGCGGGUAUGACAGUGAUGGCUACGAGGACAGAAGUAGUGCACAAGUCAACACCUGGAUAGGCCUGAUUGCCCUUUUGCAGGAGCGUGAUUUGUUGCCUGCCAUUGCCUUUGUGCUAUCGCGGGCACAAAUAAUGAGGCUGGUGCAGCAAUUUGGCUGUGUUGACCUGCUCAACGAAGUUGAGAAGAAGGAGGUCAACAGUGUGCUGCACAAGUGCCUCAGCACACGCCUGGAGGCAAGCGACAAGCAAUUGUCGCAAGUAAUCAUGCUGCGCGAUCUCGUUCUCCGUGGCAUCGCUUUCCACCACUCCGGCAUGAUGCCUCUUCUCAAGGAGGUUAGUAAUCGCACCCCAAUUCUCGUCUCUUUACUCACAUGUCCAGUGUAUGCAUUCUGCUGCCUGUUGCACCAGUUAACACGUCCGAAAGUCCCCAUUUUGACCCUUCAUCAAUAG